GCGUCCCUGCCGCCCAACUCGCCGCGGAUCCCUCCCCACCUGCGCCAGAAGUGGCCUCGGAUUGACAACAGCUAAGCAGCCGUGGCAGCUGCUCUUCUGGCUGGCACCAUUACCUCCGCCCGACCCCAGGCUGCGCGCGUGCCCCGGACAGAACAGUCCCUCCAGCACUCUCCUCCUGCCCACUGGUCGCUGUGUUAGGGUUUUGAACCCAAAGUGGUGGACGUGGCCUCCAGAAGUUGAGGCCAAAAGAGCAUGCAAGUGGCUCCGAGCAACAGGAUUCCCUCAGUAUGCUCAGCUGUUUGAAGAAGGUCUAUUUCCCCUGGAUAUUGGCUCUGUGAAGAAGGACCACGGUUUUCUGGACGAGGACUCUUUGUGGGCUCUGUGCAGAAGGCUGAUGACCUUGAACAAUUGUGCUUCGAUGAAACUGGAAGUUCACUUUCAAUGCAAACAGAAUGAAGACUCGGAAGAGGAAAAGCAGUGUACCAUCAGCAACCAUUGGGCUUUCAAGCGAGAAAGUAAUUGCUGGUCUCAUGUGGGCUCCUCUGACCUACUGGCCCCACUGAGCCCUGGCCUUCCAAUGACCUCCUGCUGUGAGAGCAUCCUCACUGAGAUUAGUGCCACUUCCCUGCCAGCCAUCACCGUGAGCCUAUUGCCCGAACCAGCGGAACUGCCCUUUCUAAGCUGUGCCCCCAGCCCAAGUGACCAGCAAUUCCUCAGGCCCACCCAGGGCCAAGAUGGUCUCCAGGACAAAGCCAAGAAGCACUGUUCUCAUAGCUUCCUUAAGCACCUCGAUUCUCUGAGGCGGAAGGAAAAGAGUGGCAGCCAGCAAGCAGAGCCUGAGUGUAGCCUAGCCACCUCAAAGAAGACCACCAAAGCCUCCUCUUUCUGCAGUCGCCAUGGCUUCCUCUCAGCUGGAUUCUACAGGGCCAAGAAGAGGACAGCCACCUCAGCUGGUGACAGUGGCACUAAGGCUCAGAGGGCUUGGGAGGCCUGGCCUGUGGCCAUGUUUCGGCAUACUCAACAGGUGCACCGGGGUGACUGCCUCGUGCAUGUGCCCAGGGACCACAAACCAGGCACAUUCCCUCGCUCCCUGUCCAUUGAGAGCCUGUUUCCUGAGGAUGGACACUGCCUGGCAGAUUGGCAGCCAGGUAGGCCCUGGGGCUAUGAAGGGCGCCGGGGCUCCUGUGGCUCCACAGGCAGUCAUGCCAGCACCUAUGACAACAUGCCUGAGCUGUACCCAGCUGAGCCUGUAGUGGCUGGGGCUGAAGCCGAAGAUGAGGAGGGUGGGGGCAGCUCCACCCACCUAGAUGACAUUCUCCAGCAUGUGUGGGGGCUUCAGCAACGGGUAGAGCUCUGGACUCAGGCCGUCUACCCAGACCUGGGGACUAGGGAUAAGGAAGAGGAAGAAGAUGAGGAAGCAGAGGAGGAGGUCACUUCAUCAGUAGAAAUAGCCACAGUUGAGGUCGAAGGGCAGGCUGGGACUCUAGCCCAAUCAGAGUCUCUGGCCCAUAGACAGUCCUCAGCCCUGGGCCAGGCUUAUGUUCAACCAGUAGUCCCAGUUCAGGUUCAGACUCAGGCUCAGGCUGAGCCCCUAAAACAGGCACAGGCCGAGGUCUAUGUCAAGGCCCCAGGCCCAGCCCAGGAUAAUGAGCAGGAGGCAAAUUCAGGUGGGGAACCCACCUCUGCCUCCAGCCUGUCUGUGGAAGAAAGACACUCCAUUUCUGACACUGUGGCCUCCUCCAGUGAACUGGACAGUAGUGGAAACUCCAUGAAUGAGGCUGAGGCUGCAGGCUCACCAACUGGACUUCAGGCAUCAGCACCAUGUGAACGACGAGAUUCAGGCGUUGGGGCCUCACUUACUAGACCGUUCAGGAAGCUCCGUUGGCACAGCUUCCAGAACUCACACCGGCCAAGCCUCAACUCAGAGUCACUGGAGAUCAACCGGCAGUUUGCUGGCCAGAUCCACCUCUUGCACAAGGGCUCGCUGCUGCGACUCACUGCCUUCAUGGAGAAGUACACUGUGCCCCACAAACCAGGAUGGGUCUGGUCAGUGCCUAAGUUCAUGAAAAGGAAUAAGACCCCGGACUACCGGGGCCAGCACGUGUUUGGGGUGCCACCCCUUAUCCAUGUGAAGCGCACAGGCCAGCCACUGCCACAGAGCAUUCAGCAAGCCAUGCGCUACUUACGCAGCCAGUGCCUGGACCAGGAAGGCCCAGCAAGGAUGGAGCUGAAGCUCCUCUCUUCCCAGCUCUCAGCCAGCUUGUUUCCAGCCCAGGUGGGCAUCUUCCGCAAGUCUGGGGUGAAGUCCAGGAUCCAGAACCUGCGCCAAAUGAAUGAGACCUCCCCUGACAAUGUUUGCUAUGAGGGCCAGUCGGCCUAUGAUGUGGCCGACUUGUUGAAGCAGUAUUUCCGGGACCUACCAGAGCCUAUCUUCACCAGCAAGCUCACCACCACUUUUCUGCAGAUCUAUCAGUUCCUCCCCAAGGAUCAAUGGUUGGCAGCAGCACAAGCUGCCACCUUGCUGCUCCCCGAUGAGAACCGAGAGGUCCUACAGACCCUGCUCUAUUUCCUAAGUGACAUUGCCUCUGCUGAAGAAAACCAGAUGACAGCUGGAAACCUAGCAGUGUGCCUGGCACCUUCCAUCUUCCAUCUCAACAUCUCCAAGAAGGAUAGCACCUCGCCCAGGAUCAGGAAUAAACACAGCCUGGUUGGCCGGCCAGGCCUUAGGGACCUGAGUGAGAACAUGGCUGCUACCCAGGGCCUAUCACACAUGAUCAGUGACUGCAAGAAACUUUUCCAAGUUCCCCAGGACAUGGUGCUGCAACUGUGUGGUUCCUACAGUGCAGCUGAGCUCAGCCCUCCUGGCCCAGCCCUGGCUGAGCUGCGGCAGGCCCAAGCUGCUGGCAUGAGCCUGAGUCUCUACAUGGAAGAGAGUGUCCAGGAGCUGCUGCGUGAUGCUGCUGAAUGCUUCAAGGGUUGGAUGAGUAUGCCAGGGCCCCAGCACACGGAGCUGGCUUGUCGGAAAGCACCUGAUGGGCACCCCCUGCGUGUGUGGAAGGCAUCCACAGAAGUGGCAGCCCCUCCAGCUGUGGUGCUGCACCGUGUUCUGCGGGAGAGGGCCCUCUGGGAUGAGGACCUGCUGCGGGCCCAGGUGUUGGAAGCCCUAAUGCCAGGUGUGGAGCUGUACCACUAUGUCACUGACAGCAUGGCACCCCAUCCCUGCCGCGACUUUGUGGUGCUCCGGAUGUGGCGCUCCAACCUGCCCCGUGGUGGCUGUCUGCUUGUUUCCCAGUCCCUGGAUCCCGAGCAACCUGUGCCAGAGUCAGGGGUGAGGGCCAUGAUGCUCACUUCCCAGUACCUCAUGGAGCCUUGUGGCCUGGGCCGCUCCCGGCUCACUCACAUCUGCCGUGCUGAUCUCAGGGGUCGUUCUCCUGACUGGUACAACAAAGUCUUUGGGCACCUGUGUGCCAUGGAAGUGGCAAAGAUCCGGGACUCCUUCCCCACGCUGCAGGCAUCUGGCCCUGAGACAAAGUUGUGAGCUUCAGCUUGGUCCCAGGGAGGUGCCACCCAGGCCCCCUGGCACCAAGGGAAUGAGGGGGUAAAGAGAGCAGAGCAGCCCCCAGCUGUUGCUUCCAGGGACAGAGCCAGGCCCUUGAAGCUCCAGAUGACUGUCCCCUCUACUUCCUGACACUCCUUCACACAUACAGGGGAGGAGAAGAGAAUUUCAGUGCCCCAUCCCCACUCCACCUCCACUCCCAAGCUUGUGUUCUGUCCUCCCAAGAGAGAGGAGUCAUUUUAAGAACAGGAAGACUUCUGCUUCCCUCCAGGCCCAUGGAGCCACCAUCAAUCUGAAGCCUUACCAGCUCCUCCACCUGCAGGGGAAGGAGGUACGGAGCAGUACAUGCUUCAUGCUGUCUGCCCCUCUGAGAGGCCAAGUCAUCCUGUUUGGUGCUAGCAUCCCCUUGAGGUUGGCAGGAGGCUCUGAUCCUGCCUUGGGGCCUAAUACUGGCCCUGAACUUGUUUUUCCACACAAAUUCGACUAGAGAAGAUGAGCAUAGGGCAGCUACAACCACUAUGAGCUGUUAUAUUUGUGUAAAUACAAUGCUGAUUUUUAUAAAACUGAUUUAAAGAGUGAGCACUGACAGGUUCCUAGUAGGUGACAUGAUGAUUUGGGAUAGCUUGGGAUAUGGUAGUGGGGGGAGAGGGCUUCCUUUCUCAGGUCUCAGGAGACCAAUGAACCAGUCUCCCUAGUUUGGGCACCAUACUUUAUCUGCCACUCCCUGUGUCCUGUGUGGCCUUUGGUUACAUACUCUUAUGUCUGGAGAGCCAACAAGCUCACUCCCACUGCACAGGCCAAGCAAAAACAGAUGGUGGUAAGGAGACACAUAUCUGUGUUCAUAUCCCUUCUCCUGCUGUUCCUGCCUGUGGUAGCUGGCUGACGUAACAGCCCCUUCCUCAAGCAGAGACCUGGCCCCUGCCUCAGCCAGCCAGCCAGGCAGAUGGAAGGGCCUAGUGUUAUCUCAGCCAGCUGGGGCUUGAUCCAAACCUGAUCCAUCCUACCCAUCUUGGCUUAUGUGGAAUUUCCAAUGAUAUUCAAAUGCCAACUACUGCUUUAUUUUUAUUUCAGCUCAAUAAACUGAAGUGGGAUGGAUCCCAGGCAAUGUUGUAAUUUUUAAGCCUAUUUUAUUUGUACCUAAAAACACUGUACAGUCAGAAUAUAUAUAUAUAUGUAUUUGUAUAGAUAGAUAGAUAGAUACAUAUAUAUGCACAUUUAUAUAUGCAUAUGUAUUCUGUCCAGACUAUAUUAUAAUCUGUGGGUGCAAGCAGGGGUCCUGAAAGCCUGAGGGGUCAGGGCACUUAAGCUGAGGGAAGUGGAGACCAGGAACCAUGUGACCGCUCAGCAGAACAAUAAAGCAUUACUAGAGAUGCA